AGAUAUAGAUGGGUUAGAAAAGAGAAGGAAACAGAAGUCAGAAACUCCUCAAACGUCUAAAAAUCCUCUCCCCCAUUUCUCCCUCUUCCCUCCGUCCAACGUAGCUGUUGUUUCCCGUCGCAUUACGGCGGCGACGCUCCCCCGAUAUAAUCGGAUUCUGCACCAAUAUUUAUGCAAAUUUGCUUAUCAUUUAUCGACAGUACUCCGAUUUCUGCAACUUUUCUUCAGCUCAACUAUUUUCGCCACCAACAACCAGUAAAACCUUAGUGUGUUUGACAGGUUUACAAGAUGAUUGGAUCCUUUCUUACAAGAGGGCUUGUAAUGGUGUUUGGAUAUGCAUAUCCAGCCUAUGAAUGCUUCAAAGCAGUUGAGAGAAAUAAACCUGAUAUUGAACAACUUCGUUUUUGGUGCCAAUACUGGAUCUUAGUUGCUGUAUUGACUGUUUGUGAGAGGAUUGGUGACACGUUUGUUUCAUGGGUUCCAAUGUACAGUGAAGCAAAGUUAGCAUUUUACAUAUACUUGUGGUACCCAAAAACAAAGGGAACAAUCUAUGUAUAUGAUUCGUUCUUCAGGCCAUAUAUUUCAAAGCAUGAAACAGACAUUGAUCGUAAUUUAAUGGAAUUAAGAACAAGAGCUGGAGAUAUUGUCGUUUUGUAUUGGCAAAGAGCUGCAACUUAUGGUCAAACAAGAAUCUUUGACGUUCUUCAAUACGUUGCUUCACAGUCAACACCAAAACCACAGCCGCCUCAACCCGCUAGACCUCGACAACCGCCACAAAACCGCCGACCACCACCACCAUCUCAACAAGAACCAAAAGAGCCGCCAUCACCUUCUUCCACCUCCUCCUCCUCAUCAUUUGAUUCAUCUCCUCAACAAGACAAUCCAACCACCAACCACCGCCCACAACCGCCGCCUGCCGCCGUCAUCUCAAAAGCACAAAAAGCAAGCUCGUCGCAAAGCGUGGCGGUGGUGGCACCGCCUGAUGCCGCCGAUGACAUGGAGGUGGUGGAAACCGAGUCAAACCCUAAUCCGAAUACUAGUGUGAAAGAGAUUGUGAUGGAAGAACCUACAAGGGUUUACACACGUGCGAGGUCGAGGAAAAAUAAUAGUGUUGUUAAUGUUGAAUGAUUAGGGAGUAGAUUAUGGAAAUGUUGGAAUCAUGGGUGUAACAUGUUUGUGUAUUUUCUUGCAAUAAAACUGUUUAUUUUAUUUUA